GUCUGCGGAAGCCCAGGCCGGGGCUCCUAUUGGCUGGAUCAGCCGGGGUGACGUCAUUGGGCCGUACUAAGUCUAGGGUUGGGCCUGGAGUCGGAGCCAUUACUGCAGGAAAAGGUCCCGCGGAACGGAUCAGUCAAGAUGUGUGACUUCACUGAGGACCAGACUGCAGAAUUCAAAGAAGCCUUCCAGCUGUUUGACCGAACAGGCGAUGGCAAGAUCCUGUACAGCCAGUGUGGGGAUGUGAUGAGGGCCCUGGGCCAGAACCCUACCAACGCCGAGGUGCUCAAGGUCCUGGGGAACCCCAAGAGUGAUGAGAUGAAUGUGAAGGUGUUGGACUUUGAGCACUUUCUGCCUAUGCUGCAGACUGUGGCCAAGAACAAGGACCAAGGCACUUAUGAGGAUUAUGUUGAAGGCCUUCGGGUGUUUGACAAGGAAGGGAAUGGCACAGUCAUGGGUGCUGAAAUCCGGCAUGUCCUUGUCACACUGGGUGAGAAGAUGACAGAGGAAGAAGUUGAGAUGCUGGUGGCAGGACAUGAGGACAGUAAUGGUUGUAUCAACUAUGAAGCGUUUGUGAGGCAUAUCCUGUCGGGGUGACGGGCCCGUGGGGCGGAGCUCGUCCGUAUGGUGCUGAAUGGCUGAAGACACUAUACCCAAUAUCCCCAGAGCCCGUGCCUUUUCCUGUGUGAGACUGUUUAUCUAGCCUGAAGGUGUCCUAGGCUCUCUGGUCACAGCACCUUUCCCACCUUGUCUCUUUGGGAUGAUGUUUGCCAUCAGCAUUCACCAAAUAAACUUGUUCUCUGUGCCCCUAA